AUGUCAUUUACUCUCUAUUUCUUUUUAAUUGCACCACUAUUCAUAUUGAUUGGAAUUUGUAAACUAUGCUUUUUUAAAAAAUAAGGAAAUAGAAGAGAUCAGUUUGGAACAUUACAAGAGAGAAUAAAAAAAAAGAUAAUGUUUGGUUAUGCUGAAUUAAUAAAAACCAUGACUCAUGAGGAUUUAUAAAUUCUACAGUAAACUUAUGAAAACACAAUAAAAAAUGCUUAGAUUAUAAAAGUAUCGGGAGUGAAGGUUGAAAAAUAAUAGAAAAAUAGCAAAAAAGUGAUAUUCGUAGAUGAUUUGGAUUAGCAAUCAACGGAGGCUUCCAAUUUAAUUUGA